AUGAACCCUCCAAGUUUCACUGGUUUGAGCAUUGCAGAGGAUCCAAAGAACUUCAUUGAGGAACUGAAGAAGGUGUUCGAUGUAAUGCAUGUUACUGAUAUUAGUAAGGAAAGAAGGGCUGCAAUGCUUAUCGGGUACAUGGACGUAUCAAGGAUGAUGGUUUAUGUGCAGCAGCAAAGGCAAAAGGGGUCUGCUACAUCAUCUGCUAGUGCACCUGUACCCAGAAACAGAGGUGAGUAUAAUGGCCAGAAUUCGCAGAACUUUAGAACUAGACCUGCACUGUCUCAAGGUAGUGUGGCACAAAGAGGUAACUGGGCUCAUGCAUGUGCUAAGUGUGGUACAAACCACCCAGGUAAGUAUUGUGAGGGCCAGACAAGUUGCUUCAAGUGUGGACAAGAAGGUUACUUCUUGAAAGAGUGCCCAAAGAACAUGCAAGGUAGUAAAAAUCAGGGCAAUAGGGCCCAAUCUUCAUAA